GCGCAUGCGCAGUGCGUGCCCGUGUGAGCGCAGCUCCUUUGCACGGGGGGGGUGCGCGCAGUGCGUGCGUGCAGCUGCUUUGCAUGUGGGUGUGCACGUCGUGCGUGCAUGCAGCUCCUUUGCAUGUGUGUGUGCACGUACUGCAUGCAUGCAGCUGCUUUGCACGUGAGUGUGUGCACAUAGUGCAUGCAUGCAGCUGCUUUGCAUGUGGGAGUGCACAUAGUGCAUGCAUGCAGCUGCUUUGCAUGUGAGUGUGUGGCCAUGUUGCAUGCAUGCAGCUCCUUUGCAUGUGAGUGUGCCCAUGGUGAAUGCAUGCAGCUGCUUUGCACGUGAUUAUGUGCACAUUGUGCAUGCAUGCAGCUCCUUUGAAUGUGUGUGUGCACGUGGUGCAUGCAUGCAGCUCUUUUGCAUGUGUGUGUGCACAUCGUGCAUGCAUGCAGCUCCUUUGCAUGUGGGUCUGAACAUACUGCAUGCAUGCAUCUGAUUUGCAUGUGAGUGUGCACAGUGCAUGCAUGCAGCUCCUUUGCAUGUGGGCGUGCACAGCUGCUUUGCAUGUGUGUGCACAUAAUGCAUGCGUGCAGCUGCUUUGCAUGUGUGCGUGCACAUCGUGCAUGCAUGCAGCUCUUCUGUAUGUGGGUUUGCAUAUAAUGCAUGCAUGCAGCUCCUUUGCUUGGGGGUGUGUGCAUAUAGUGCAUGCAUGCAGCUGCUUUGCGUGUGUGUGUGCGCGUAGUGCAUGCAUGCAGCUCUUUUGCAUGUGGGUGUGCACGUCGUGCAUGCAUGCAGAUGAUUUGCAAGUGUUUGUGCUCACAGUGCAUGCAUGCAGCUGCUUUGAGUGUGUGUGCGCCCAUGGUGCAUGCAUGCAGCUGCUUUGCAUGUGGGUUUGCACACAGUGCACGCAUGCAGCUCCUAUGCAUGUGUGAGUGCACAUAGUGCAUGCAUGCAGCUCCUUUGCAUGUGGGUGUGCCCAUGGUGCAUGCAUGCAGCUGCUUUGCACGUGAUUAUGUGCACAUAGUGCAUGCAUGCAGCUCCUUUCCAUGAGGUGUGUGCACGUGGUUCAUGCAUGCAGCUCUUUUGCAUCUGUGUGUGCACAUAGUGCAUGCAUGCAGCUCCUUUGCAUGUGAGUGUGUCCAUAAUGCGUGCAUGCAGCUGCUUUGCACGUGAGUGUGUGCACAUAGUGCAUGCUUGCAACUGCUUUGCAUGUGGGUGUGUGAACAUUGUGCAUGCAUGGAGCUCUUUGUACGUGAGUGUGCACAGUGCAUGCAUGCAGCUGCUUUGCGUGUGUGUGUGCACAUCGUGCAUGCGUGCAGCUGCUUUGCAUGUGAGUGUGUGGCCAUGUUGCAUUCAUGCAGCUCCUUUGCUUGUGUGUGUGCACAUAGUGCAUGCAUGCAGCUCCUUUGCAUGUGAGUGUGUGCACGUAGUGCAUGCAUGCAGCUGCUUUGCAUGUGGAUGUGUGCACAGUGCAUGCUUGCAGCUCCUUUGCAUGUGUGUGUGCACAGUGCAUGCAUGCAGUUCCUUUGCACGGGGGGUGCACACAGCGCAUGCAUGCAGCUGCUUUGCAUGUGGGUGUGUGCACAUCGUGCAUGCAUGCAGCUCUUCUGUAUGUGGGUUUGCAUAUAAUGCAUGCAUGCAGCUCCUUUGCUUGGGGGUGUGUGCAUAUAGUGCAUGCAUGCAGCUGCUUUGCGUGUGUGUGUGCACGUAGUGCAUGCAUGCGGAUGAUUUGCAAGUGUUUGUGCACACAGUGCAUGCAUGCAGCUGCUUUGCAUGUGGGUGUGCACAGCUCCUUUGCAUGUGUGUGUGCACCUCGUGCAUGCAUGCAGCUGCUUUGCAUAUGAGUGUGUGCACAUAGUGCAUGCAUGCAGCUCUUUUGCAUGUGGGUGUGCACAUAGUGCAUGCAUGGAGCUGCUUUGCAUGUGAGUGUGUGGCCAUAUUGCAUGCAUGCAGCUGCGUUGCAUGUGGGUGUGCCCAUGGUGAAUGCAUGCAGCUGCUUUGCACGUGAUUAUGUGCACAUUGUGCAUGCAUGCAGCUCCUUUGAAUGUGUGUGUGCACGUGGUGCAUGCAUGCAGCUCUUUUGCAUGUGUGUGUGCACAUCGUGCAUGCAUGCAGCUCCUUUGCAUGUGGGUCUGAACAUACUGCAUGCAUGCAUCUGAUUUGCAUGUGAGUGUGCACAGUGCAUGCAUGCAGCUCCUUUGCAUGUGGGCGUGCACAGCUGCUUUGCAUGUGUGUGCACAUAAUGCAUGCGUGCAGCUGCUUUGCAUGUGUGCGUGCACAUCGUGCAUGCAUGCAGCUCUUCUGUAUGUGGGUUUGCAUAUAAUGCAUGCAUGCAGCUCCUUUGCUUGGGGGUGUGUGCAUAUAGUGCAUGCAUGCAGCUGCUUUGCGUGUGUGUGUGCACGUCGUGCGUGCAUGCAGCUCCUUUGCAUGUGAGUGUGCCCAUGGUGCAUGCAUGCAGCUGCUUUGCACGUGAUUAUGUGCACUUUGUGCAUGCGUGCAGCUCCUUUGCAUGUGUAUGUGCACGUAGUGCAUGCAUGCAGCUCUUUUGUAUGUGGGUCUGCACAUCGUUCAUGCAUGGAGCUCCUUUCCAUGAGGUGUGUGCACGUGGUUCAUGCAUGCAGCUCUUUUGCAUCUGUGUGUGCACAUAGUGCAUGCAUGCAGCUCCUUUGCACGUGAGUGUGUGCACAUAGUGCAUGCUUGCAGCUGCUUUGCAUGUGGGUGUGUGAACAUUGUGCAUGCAUGCAGCUGCUUUGUACGUGAGUGUGCACAGUGCAUGCAUGCAGCUCUUUUGCAUCUGUGUGUGCACAUAGUGCAUGCAUGCAGCUCCUUUGCAUGUGGAUGUGUGCACAGUGUAUGCAUGCAGCUCCUUUGCAUGUGUGUGCGCCCGUGGUGCAUGCAUGCAGCUGCUUUGCAUGUGGGUGUGCACAUAGUGCAUGCAUGCAGGUCCUCUGCAUGUGUGUGUGCACAGCUGCUUUGCAUGUGUGUGCCCAUAAUGCAUGCAUGCAGCUGCUUUGCAUGUGGGUGUGUGCACAUCGUGCAUGCAUGCAGCUCUUCUGUAUGUGGGUUUGCAUAUAAUGCAUGCAUGCAGCUCCUUUGCUUGGGGGUGUGUGCAUAUAGUGCAUGCAUGCAGCUGCUUUGCGUGUGUGUGUGCACGUAGUGCAUGCAUGCGGAUGAUUUGCAAGUGUUUGUGCACACAGUGCAUGCAUGCAGCUGCUUUGCAUGUGGGUGUGCACAGCUCCUUUGCAUGUGUGUGUGCACCUCGUGCAUGCAUGCAGCUGCUUUGCAUAUGAGUGUGUGCACAUAGUGCAUGCAUGCAGCUCUUUUGCAUGUGGGUGUGCACAUAGUGCGUGCAUGGAGCUGCUUUGCAUGUGAGUGUGUGGCCAUGUUGCAUGCAUGCAGCUGCGUUGCAUGUGGGUGUACACGUAGUGCGUGCAUGCAGCUCCUUUGCAUGUGUGUGUGUGGACAUGUUGCAUGCAUGCAGCUGCUUUGCAUGUGAGUGUGUGCACAUGGUGCAUGCAUGCAGCUGCUUUGCAUGUGUGUGUGCACAGCUGCUUUGCAUGUGUGUGUGCACAUCGUGCAUGCAUGCAGCUGCUUUGCAUGUGAGUGUGUGGCCAUGUUGCAUGCAUGCAGCUCCUUUGCAUGUCAGUGUGCCCAUGGUGAAUGCAUGCAGCUGCUUUUCACGUGAUUAUGUGCACUUUGUGCAUGCGUGCAGCUCCUUUGCAUGUGUAUGUGCACGUAGUGCAUGCAUGCAGCUCUUUUGUAUGUGGGUCUGCACAUCGUUCAUGCAUGGAGCUCCUUUCCAUGAGGUGUGUGCACGUGGUUCAUGCAUGCAGCUCUUUUGCAUCUGUGUGUGCACAUAGUGCAUGCAUGCAGCUCCUUUGCAUGUGUGUGUGUGCACAUAGUGCAUGCAUGCAGCUGCUUUGCACGUGAGUGUGUGCACAUAGUGCAUGCUUGCAGCUGCUUUGCAUGUGGGUGUGUGAACAUUGUGCAUGCAUGCAGCUGCUUUGUACGUGAGUGUGCACAGUGCAUGCAUGCAGCUCUUUUGCAUCUGUGUGUGCACAUAGUGCAUGCAUGCAGCUCCUUUGCAUGUGGAUGUGUGCACAGUGUAUGCAUGCAGCUCCUUUGCAUGUGGAUGUGUGCGCAUAGUGCAUGCAUGCAGCUCUUUUGCAUGUGAGUGCGUGCACAGUGCAUGCCUGCAGCUCCUUUACAUGUGUGUGUGCACAGUGCAUGCAUGCAGCUCCUUUGCAUGUGUGUGUGCACAUAGUGCAUGCAUGGAGCUCCUUUGACUGCCGUGUGUGUGUUUGCACAUGGUGCCGAUGCAUGCAGCUCCUUUGCAUGUGUGUGUUUGCAAGGGGGCUGUGAGAACCCCUUGGUGCCACCCCAUGGCAUCGGUGUCCUCUUGUUGGCACCCCAUGGCAUCGGUGACCCCUUGCUGCCACCCCAUUGCGUUGGGGACCCCUUGUUUCCACCCCAUGGCAUCGGUGCCCCUUGCUGCCACCCCAAUGUGUUGGGGACCCCUUGUUGCCACCCCAUGGCAUCAGCGACACCGUGGUGCCACCCCAUGGCACUGGGAACCCCUUGGUGCCACCCCAUGGUGUUGGGGACCUCUUGGUGCCACCCCAUGGCACUGGAGACCCCUCGGUGCCACGCCAUGGCGUCAGUGACCCCUUGUUGCCACCCCAUGUCAUUGGGAACCUCUUGGUGCCACCCCAUGGCAUCAGUGACCUCUUGGAGCCACCCCAUGGCAUCGGUGACCCCCUGGUGCCACCCCAUUGGGUUGGGGACCCCUUGUUGUCACCCCAUGGCAUUGAGUACCUCUUGGUGCCACCCCAUGGCACUGAGAACCCCUCGGUGCCACCCCAUGGCAUCAGUGACCUCUUGUUGUCACCCCAAGGCAUUGGGAACCCCCUGGUGCCACCCCAUGGCGUUGGGAACCCCUUGGUGCCACUCCGUGCCACUCCACUCAAUGCCACUCCACUCAAUGCCACCCCAUGGCACUGAGUACCCCUUGGGGACACCCCAUGGCAUCGGUGCCCCUUGGUGCCACCCCAUUGGGUUGGGACCUCUUGUUGCCACCCCAUGGCAUUGGGAACCCCUUGGUGCCACCCCAUUGGGUUGGGACCUCUUGUUGCCACCCCAUUGCAUUGAGAACCCCUCGGUGCCACCCCAUGGCAUCGGUGACCUCUUGUUGCCACCCCAUGGCAUUGAGUACCUCUUGGUGCCACCCCAUGGCACUGAGAACCCCUCGGUGCCACCCCAUGGCAUCAGUGACCUCUUGUUGCCACCCCAUGGCAUUGAGAACCCCUUGGUGCCAUCCCAUGGCACUGAGAACCCCUCGGUGCCACCCCAUGGCAUCGGUGACCUCUUGUUGCCACCCCAUGGCAUUGAGUACCUCUUGGUGCCACCCCAUGGCACUGAGAACCCCUCGGUGCCACCCCAUGGCAUCAGUGACCUCUUGUUGCCACCCCAUGGCAUUGAGAACCCCUUGGUGCCACCCCAUGGCAUCGGUGACCUCUUGGUGCCACCCCAUGGCAUUCAGAACCCCUUGGUGCCACCCCAUGGCAUUGGUGCCCCUUGUUGCCAUCCCACUGGGUUGGGACCUCUUGUUGCUCCCCCAUGGCUUUGGGGACCUCUUGUUGCCACCCCAUGGCAUUGGGGUCCUCUUGGUGCCACCUGAUGGUGUUCAGAACCCCUUUGUGCCACCCCAUGGCAUUGACAACACCUUGGUGCCACCCCAAGGUAUCGGUAACCUCUUGGUGCCACCCCAUGGCAUCAGUGACCUCUUGGUGCCACCCCAUUGCGUUGAGGACCUCUUGGUGCCACCCCAUGGCAUUGGGGACCCCUUGUCGCCACCCCAUGGCAUCGGCGACACCGUGGUGCCACCUCAUGGCAUUGGGAACCCCCCGGUGCCACCCCAUGGCACUGAGAUCCCCUCGGUGCCACCCCAUGGCAUCAGUGACCUCUUGUUGCCACCCCAAGGCAUUGGGAACCCCCUGGUGCCACCCCAUGGCAUUGGGGACCCCCUGUUGCCACCCAACAGCAUUGGGGCCCCCUUGCUGUCCCCACACAGCGCCGUGUCCCCAUUGGCUCCCCGGCACGACUCACACUGCGCCUCCACCGCCGCCGGCAGAUCGACGUAUGAAAUUUAUUAG